AUGGGGACAACGGCGAGUCAACUCGGGAAGGACUUGCUUUCGGAAUACCAAGAGCUGACGUUUUUAACCAAACAAGAAAUUCUUCUGGCACAUAAAAGAUUUACUGAACUACUUGCUAAAGAUGAGAAAAAUAUUCCAAACGCCAGAGUGCCGAUGGACAAGAUCCUCACCCUUCCAGAACUCAAGUCCAACCCAUUUAGAACGAGAAUCUGCCACGUUUUUUCUACAUCUGAAGUAAAAGAUGGUAGCCUCACUUUUGAGGACUUUUUAGAUCUUUUGAGUGCCUUCAGCGACUCUGCUACAUUGGAAAUCAAGUCCCACUACGCAUUCCGUAUAUUCGACUUUGAUGAUGAUGGAACUCUUGACUGUGGUGAUCUGGAGAAACUGGUCAACUGCCUGACUGGAGAGACUGAUGACACGAGACUAACCUCUGAGGAGAUGAGACAGCUCAUCAACAAUAUUCUUGACGAGUCAGAUAUUGAUAAAGAUGGAACAGUGAACCUCUCAGAGUUUCAGCAUGUCAUUUCAAGAUCACCAGAUUUUGUCAGUUCUUUCAAGAUUGUGCUGUGA